GGCGCGGCGCUGCCUGCGCCCGGACUCCGGGAGGGGAGCGCCGCCGCGCUUGUCCCCGGCAGCCUCGGUCCUGCCCCCCGAAGUGGAGAUGCGCGAGCGGCAGGCGAGGGCGCGCAGCUCGUGAGAAGCCGCGCCAGCCGGCACCAUGCGCCUGCGGCCGCUGCCCCUCGUGGUGGUCCCCGGCUUGCUGCAGCUGCUAUUCUGUGAUGGUAAAGAAGUGGUGCAUGCGACGGAGGGGCUGGAUUGGGAAGACAAAGAUGCUCCAGGGACACUGGUGGGCAACGUGGUGCACUCACGGAUCAUCAGUCCUCUGCGCCUGUUUGUUAAGCAGUCUCCAGUGCCCAAGCCGGGUCCCAUGGCAUAUGCUGCAGACACCAUGGACAGCUUUUGGGAUUGGCUGGCCAACAUCACGGAGGUUCAGGAGCCUCUGACAAGAACUAAACGGCGGCCAAUCGUGAAAACGGGGAAGUUUAAGAAAAUGUUUGGAUGGGGUGACUUCCAUUCCAACAUUAAAACUGUCAAACUCAACCUCCUCAUCACAGGGAAAAUUGUCGACCACGGAAAUGGAACCUUCAGUGUUUAUUUCCGACAUAAUUCAACGGGUCUGGGCAAUGUUUCAGUGAGCUUGGUACCCCCUUCCAAGGUGGUGGAAUUUGAAGUCUCCCCCCAGUCUACCUUGGAGACCAAGGAAUCCAAAUCCUUCAACUGUCGCAUUGAGUACGAAAAAACAGAUCGGGCAAAGAAGACUGCCCUGUGCAACUUUGACCCGUCUAAGAUCUGCUACCAGGAGCAGACUCAGAGCCACGUGUCUUGGUUGUGCUCCAAGCCCUUCAAGGUCAUUUGCAUUUACAUCGCCUUUUACAGUGUCGAUUAUAAACUUGUGCAAAAGGUCUGUCCUGACUACAACUACCAUAGUGAGACCCCAUACUUAUCUUCCGGCUGAUCUUUACACAGUGACAGAAAUGAGGGAUGGAGAUAUAUAUAUAUGUAUAUAUUUAAUUAUAAUGACCAAGAAACAAGCCCAGCUCUUCAUGGUAAAGAAUCCCUUUUGUUUCUGGCAGUAUAGUUCCCUAUCAGGUUUUCAAAUUUCAAAAAAAAAAAGAAAAGAAAAAGAAACCUCUUUAAAUGUGAAGUGUGUUUGUUUUGAUCAUAAGUCCUUUUAUCUAAAGAGUCAAACUGUUUAUGAAACUGUCACUUUCAUGUAAGGUGGUUAACUUCUAGAAAUAUUACUGUUGCUCUAGAAGAAACAUCAGUGGUAGCCAAGUGUGACAAGAAGGAACUGGAGUAUGCAUGUGGUAAACAUUGCUCUUGAAAUGAGCCUGCCUUUGAAAAAUAUUUUGGAAGAUUACACUAAACAAAGCAGAUCCAGUCAAGGAACUGAGAAGAUUGUAUUUGACAGAUGAAUUGUUUCUGAUGUUGGAGUCUUUUUUAUUACUGUCUUUCCUCCCACAUGUGUGUUGUUAUUGAUAGGAGAGAUGAAAGGGUGAAAUUUGUUUCAAAACGUGUGUGUGAAGUUUCAGUGUCACCAUGGAACCGGGUAUAUUACCAUCCGAGCUAGAGUUGAGUGGAAUGUGAUUUAAGCACUUAGCGCUGUGUUGGCCACCAUCUUUAUAACUCAUCUGAGUCAUAGUACCCCGGUGCAUUGGAGAAACAAAUCUGUGUAUGAGUCAGUUUAACAACAAUGGAGAUCGGGAUAUUUUUAGACACUUGCCAAAUUGUAUGCUGGGAGAUUAUCAGAAAUGAUGUAAAAUUUGUAUCCACCCUAUAGUUUAGAACCUAAUCCCAGUCAUUUGACAGUGUGAUUUUAUAACGUGUGUAGAGUAACUCUGAAAUUCUUUCCUGGGCUAGAAUGGGCAAAAAAAAUUGGAAGUGGAGGGAGGAAAUUCCAGGGUUAUGAACUUAUUGUUUCAAACCUCCAGCUUAAGGUCUUGAAUUUUGUUAAUUAUUGAAUGAAAAAUCAAACUCUCUGUGGAAAUUAAGAGUUAUAUGUGAACAUUUCUAAUUAUUGAGUUCUGACAACCAAGCUACCUGCCUUGCCAGGCUUUUGAGAUUACUUCCAAAUUAAUGUCACUUCACAAUCCGUGCCCUUCUCAUCUUCCGGGAGGGGUGAACAGCAGUCCUGCAUGGUGGAACAGAUGAUCACAGAAUUAGCACAAAGAGGGUCUGGUUGGCCAGGAGAAAGGCUUCUGGAACUUGUGGAAUGGUCACUUUUUUUACAAUAGAUGUUAACUUCUUUCCCCUGUCUUGUCUGUAAAAUAUCAACUAAAGUAAAACAUUAAAUUGAGGACUAAAGGAAGUUAAGUCCUGAGCAACAAAAAUACUCAUACCACACUGUUCAAAAGCCAAUAGCUCUAUUCUCUAUUUUACAUCUCCAUUCUUUUUUUUUUUUUUACUGGUAAUACCUGCACAGUGUUCAAUCUUGUCUUUUGUAAAAAUUGUACUAAGCUUAGUGUGUGGUAGUGCAGGCUUGAUGUGUUUGCUCUGAGUUCAUCAGGUGCUUUUGUAACUUUGUGAUUGGUGAGUAAUAUUUUGAGACAUCCUUUUAUUUUCAUCUAGAAACAAGAGUAAAAUAUUUAUUGUAAAAUAUGUGGGAACCGUAUAUGUAUAUAAACUUAGAAUUUUCUGUGUACAGAGAAAAAAGUAUGUGUACACAUUUCUAUGUAAAUAAAAAGAAUUUGCUAGAUCUGUCA